AUGCCGAGAGACGAUUGCUUCUUAGAUGACCUGAAGACAUCUCUGCUCGAUGGCCCUCAAUUUAACGAUGAAUUCGAGUUCAAAAAGUGGCACGCCCUAACCCAGACCUUCAACGAGAGCGAAAGUGGAUCACAUCGAACCAUAUUAUUCGGUUUCGGGUACUUCAGCUGGGACGAAAAUUAUUUUGUUAUUAUCGCAACCUUAUUAGCCUACGCCAAUGCAGGAUUCUUGAACGCCCCCGCCGUAGCAACUUACUCUUCAGCUCCAGACGUCAGCCAUGCCUACAUCCACCAGGCGCCGCUCGCGGUUGCAUCAGCUGGACCCAUUAGCUACGCUGCCCCAGCUCCCAUUAGUUACGCUGCUCCAGCUUCCAUCAGCUACGCAGCGCCAUCCGUAGCCAUCCACAGUCCCAGCUACGGAUCCUCCCAUCAAAGUGUCGAACGUUCACUAGGAGGAGCACAAUCCAUCUCCCAUUAUUCCAAAGCCAUCGAUAGCGCCUUCUCUAGCGUCAGAAAAUUCGAUACUCGUAUUACCAACGAUGCUUUAACUGUUGCUCACGCUCCCGUAUCCUACGCUGCUCCAGUUGUAGCCAAAACUUAUGCUGCAGCACCAGUUUUAGCCAAAGCAGUUGCUCCAGUAGCCUACUCUGCUGGCCCAGCCUACGCUUAUUCUUCUGCACCUGCUGUUAGCAACGCUUACAUCCACCAGGCUCAACCACUUUUGGCCAAGGCUGUAGCUCCAGUAGCUUACGCCGCACAUGCUCCAGUAGCCACUUAUGCUGCUCAUGCUGCUCCAGUAGCCGCUUAUGCUGCUCAUGCUCCGAUAGCCACUUACGCUGCUCAUUCUCCAGUUGCUUAUGCUCAUGGUCCAUUAGUAGCCAAAGCCGUUGGUGCUCCCGUUGUAGCGAAAGCUGCGAUAGCUUAUUCCCCGGCUACAGUUGUAGCUCACACCACUUUCACCGGUUUGGGAACCGCUUAUGAAUGGUAG